AUUCAAGUGGCCGGACAAACGCCGCAAAAAUAUUUGGGGGUUAAAAUCGUCAUUUCCACUAGCUUCGGUGGUUGUAGUCGUUUAAAAUUCAGUGAGCAUUAUUGGUCGGGGCCACCUCCGUCUCUCUCUCUCUCUCUGUUGGCCAGGGCCUAGGGCUUCUGUCUCUGUUGCGAACUGGUUGUUCAUUCUUCUCUUCUGGCGAAUCUGUGUGUUAAGGUUUAUCGGAGCUCGUGAAUUUGAUCAACACCGUCUGCUUCUUUAAGGGGAUUCAUCUUCUGUUCGAAUAAAUGAGUAAGAACUGAGAACCUGAAAAGGAGGGAUGCUAGCUAAUUUUAAAUUGAUGAACGUGCAUUCGGUGGCCUCGUUGUAUAUCGAAAACAGUCUAUGUCCAAACAACAUUGAGUCUAGCGCAUCAUCAUCAGAGAUUCAGACACUUUGUAAUCUGAGUAGAAUCCAUGGAGACUGACAAUGAAAGCAAUAUGGAUGAGCUGAAGGCAAAUCGAAAUUUUCUAAGGCCAGUCGAUCCUGAGGAGUCUGGUGAAGGAUUGCCAUAUGCUCCUGUAGAUUGGCCUAAUCCGGGAGAUAUUUGGGGUUGGAAGGUGGGGAGAAGAGUUGCCUUGACAGGCGGCCACUAUUUGGAUAGAUAUUUGUAUCUUCCAAGUCGUCUAUGUUCUAGACAAUCUAAGAAGCGCACUUUUGCAAGCAAGCUUUCUGUUGAACAUUACAUCGAGGCAAAGUUUCCUAAUGCAGAUAUUGAUGCAUUUUUCGCUUCAUUCAGCUGGAAGAUCCCUUCAAAGAAUCAAUCAUCAAAUGGUAAGGCAGUGCGUAGUUCGGUUCCUUUGCCUCCAGAAGCAAAACACUCUGAAUCUGUUUGCGAGUCUGAUACUAUUGGUUGCAAGGCUGGGAAUAAGACGUGUAGCAGUUUUAUGGAAACAGCAGAAGUCUCACCUUCGGCUGUCAUGCCUUGUAAUAUUUGCUGUGCUGAACCUCGGUUCUGCCGUGAAUGCUGUUGUAUUCUUUGUUCCAAGACUGUAACUUCAGAUUAUAGGGGCUACAGCUACCUCAAAUGUCAAGCAAUAGUGGGUGAUGGAUACAUAUGUGGACAUGUUGCUCACAUUAACUGCGGUCUUCGAUCUUACUUGGCGGGAACGGUUGGUGGAAGCAUUGGUUUGGAUGCAGAAUACUAUUGCCGGCGCUGUGAUGCAAGGACAGAUCUAGUUCCAUAUGUAAAGAACCUCUUAAAAAAUUGGGAAGACAUCAAUUCUCGGGAUGACCUUGACAAAAUUCUAAACGUUGGCUUGUGCAUUUUACGUGGAUCCCGGAAAAUUGGGACAAGGGAGUUACUGAGCCGCAUUGAAUUGGCCAUUGCAAAGCUUAAAUGUGGUGCUUCACUUGACGAUAUCUUUAAAACUGAAGAUGCUGCCCAAGCUAUUUCCACAGGAGCCCCAGAUAUUGGAAAUGCCACAUUGGAAGCUACAAACCACCAAGAUUAUGUGCAUGAUAGAACAAACUCUUUGCAACUUGUAACCGAAUCAUCUGAUUAUCUGAAUGAGUCUCUGAAGCUCGAAAAUGAAAUUGAUGAGGUUCUUCAGGCUCUGCGUAAAUCCCAGGAAUUAGAGUAUAAAAUUGCAGAGGACCAACUCUAUGCUCAGAAGAAUUAUCUUCGUAAUCUAUAUCAGCAAUUAGAUAGAGAGAGGUCAGCACUAGCACAUCGAAGAACAUCACGCAUUGAACCUGUUAGCUUACUUACUGCUAUCUCAAACAGAUUGGUUCAGGUAAACAGGGAAAUCAUGAAACUCAGGGAGAUGGAAGAGGUGGCCAAAGGAUUUGGAAAGACCCCUAACCGUAUCCUGAAGGAACACUUUGGUAUGUAAAUUGAGAAAUGAAUUUAAUUCCUACGUGAUCUGUUCUGUCUCUGGUCAUGUUCGUCAGAUUUUUCCGUUGAGCUGUUUUCAUUCUCUGAACUGAUCAUCACCUGUGAAUUUUUCCUAGUCUAUUUCUGCAUCGUGUGUGAGUAGUUACAUCCCUGGCUAUUGUCAUAGGAAGGGUUUCUUGUGUUCAUGAUGAAUUUUUUGUGCCCUACAAAAUGUGGAGUGCAAGUUCAGUUGUAUAAUUGCCUUAAAGAUGUCAUCAUCCGAAUGGAUCAGUAGCAUCAAUAGAGUUCUGGGUUUGGCGGAAGAAUCUGAAGGAAUUCAGAAAUACUUGCAGAGGCACAUGGCCGUACAACGCAUCUCGUUAUUUGGAUGAUCCUUCUUCCUUCUUGACCUCAUACAUUUUCAUAUCGUUAAGCGAACAGGGAGUGGAAUCUGCUGGGCAGUUGAUGCUCGACAAUGUUGAUAUGUGCUUUGUAAAUGGAUUUUUGCCACCUGCCCUGCAUUUUUUGAUUGAGGAUCCUGUUUGACAGGCAGUCACUUGAUUCAGCAAAGCACCCCAUUUAUUGUAAUUUGGAACCCGUCUUUGUGCAUCUCUCAAAUAUUCUUUAGGGUUUUGUCUGAGCUACAAUGGUGCUCUACGUGAAGAUACGUACAGCUUAGAAACAAGAUCAUACAUGUUCUAAUACAUUUUUUUUUAUAUACUCUUGAGCUGUUGUUUAUCAAAAUCUGGAAAACAAUUGUUGGUGCAAAAGAAAAUUUAUUGGAUGAGA